AUGGACCACCAAAUAACCACUGCAAGCGACUUCACGACUACUUCAAUACCGAGCCUGUACCAAUUGGAUACACUUUUGAGAUGUCACAUUUGUAAAGAUUUUCUAAAAGUCCCCGUCUUAACACCUUGUGGCCAUACAUUUUGUUCCCUUUGUAUUAGAACACAUUUGAAUAACCAACCAAAUUGUCCUCUCUGCCUUUUCGAGUUCAGAGAGUCCUUGCUGAGAAGUGAGUUCCUGGUCAGUGAAAUAAUUCAAAGUUAUACAUCCCUACGAUCUUCCUUACUAGAUGCACUAAGGAUACCGAAGCCUACCCCUGUCCCUGAGAAUGAGGAAGUACCAGGUCCUGAAAAUUCUUCAUGGAUAGAACUCAUAUCAGAGUCUGAAAGUGACAGUGUAAAUGCCGCUGAUGAUGACUUGCAAAUUGUUGCAACAAGUGAAAGAAAACUUGCCAAAAGAUCCAUGACUGAUAUAUUACCACUGAGUUCCAAACCAUCCAAAAGGAAUUUUGCAAUGUUCAGAAGUGAACGUAUCAAGAAAAAAUCAAAGCCAAAUGAACAAAUGGCCCAGUGCCCCAUAUGUCAACAAUUUUAUCCUCUUAAAGCCCUUGAAAAAACACAUUUGGAUGAAUGCCUAACUUUACAAUCACUAGGCAAAAAACCAAAAAUUUCUACCACUUUCCCUACAGAGUCAAAUCCACAUAACAAAAGUUCAUCCAGAUUCAAGGUACGAACUCCAGAAGUCGACAAAAGCUCAUGUGGUGAGACCUCACAUGUGGAUAAGUAUUUAAACUCAAUGAUGAGUGCAGAACACCAAAGAUUGCCGAAGAUCAAUUUUACGUCUAUGACUCAAUCCCAAAUAAAACAAAAACUGUCAUCGUUGGGACUGUCAACUAAUGGUACUAGGCAAAACAUGAUUAAAAGAUACAAUCACUACGAAAUGCUUUGGAAUUCUAAUUUUUGUGAUUCUCUAGAACCUGUUGAUGAAGCUGAACUAAAAAGACAGUUGUUAAGCUGGGAUGUUUCACACAAUAAAACCCCCCAAAAUAGUAGCAACAAGGGUGGAAUUUCUAAAUUAAUGAUAAUGAAGAGUAAUGGGAAAUCUUCUUCAUAUAGGAAAUUACUUGAAAAUUUCAAAAACGAUAAAUUUAAUAGGAAAGGAUGGAUGGUUAUGUUUCGGAAGGAUUUUGCUAGGCUUAUCAGGGAAGCAAAAAUGAAAAUAAAAACAGGUUCAUCGGACAGUUCAGGUUCAGUGGGACAUUCUAAUGAUGGAGAUGGUGUUGAAAAAGUUCAAAGUGACCAGGGAACCGAGGAUCAGCAAAUGGAGAAGGAUCAGGACACUGUUAUCAACGAAGAUAGAGUUGCUGGUGAAAGAAAUUUGCCUAACGAAGAUUCAACUGAUGCUGACUUAUCAAGAGAAUUAAUGGACUUGAAUGAAUAUAGUAAAGACCCACCCGGUAACAAUUAA